AUGAAAAUAUUGUCGCCAGUUUGGAGCUUUUCUUUGGGUGUGUGAACAGUGGGCUAGUUGCCAAUAAAAACGACCUUUUCCUUGGUAAAAAUAUAUAAGAAACUCUGGGUAAAGAUUAGGCCGAUCUAGUCGUGAAUGCGAAAUGGAAAAGAGAAGUGAAGCGCCGAUAAAAAGCACAAAGUUUCGAAAGCUGAGCGAUGUGGACAUGACGGAGGUGCAGCUGAAUAGUUUGGAGGACCUCAGAUCCAAGGACAGUGUCGAAAAUGGAAGCUUCCAAGGGGAGGGACAUUCGGUACCUAAUUCCAAUAGUCCCGUCCAACACUCAAAGUGGUUCAGAUCGCGGCUGUUUAUCAUUUCUGUGGUUUUCUCGGCCCUCUUGAUGACAGCAAUGUGUAUUGGCUUUGUUGUGCACUACGGAAUGGCUGGCGAUGUGGGCGACAUGGAGGAGGUGUCCUACUGGCCCGUCAAUCUGCCCAAGGAACAGCAGGAGUGGUACGAUCAAGGAAUAGACGAGCUGAAAAAGGCCGUUUCCCGGGAAUUCAAUCGUCGUCGAGCGAAGAACGUCAUACUGUUUGUGGGCGACGGAAUGGGACCGAAUACGGUGACAGCAGCUCGAAUUUACGGAUUCAAGGAGGAGGGACUGCUCAGUUGGGAGCACUUUCCGGACAUGGGACUGCUGAAGACCUACUGUGCAGAUAAGCAAGUACCGGAUUCCUUUUCCACGGCUACGGCUCUCUUUGGCGGAGUCAAGGUCAACUACGAAACGGGCGGCGUGGAUGCGAAUGUUCCGCUGGGAAACUGCACCGCCUCGUUGAAGGAGGAUCACCAUGUCCAGACGAUCCUCAAGUGGGCCCAGGUGGACGGAAUGCGAACGGGAUUCGUGACCACCACCCGGGUUACUCACGCCACUCCGGCAGCCCUCUAUGCCCAUGUGCCGGAUCGUCGGUGGGAGUGUGAGACCGGAAUGAAAGACGAGGACCGGGAUCAGGGUUGUAUGGACAUAGCGCGUCAGCUGAUCGAACUACCCACGGGUCAGAAAAUUAACGUAAUCAUGGGUGGUGGUCGCCAGAUGCUGGUAUCCAAUGUCACCGACUCACCAGCCGAUCCCCUGGAUACUUGGGCCAGCAAGUCGGCGGAUGGCAGGGAUCUCAUCCAAGAUUGGAGGCGAAAGAAAGAAGCCGACGGUGUAUCCCAUGCCGUAAUCCAAAACAAUCGUGAGUUAUGGAAUCUCAAUGGUCAGGACAUUGACUAUCUACUGGGCAUAUUCGCCAAUGGACAUCUAAUGUACGAUCAUGAGCGGGAUCGAGGUGAAUCCGGCAUGCCAUCGUUGUCCAAUAUGACCCUCAAAGCGCUUGAAGUUCUGGGAAACAGUGAUAAAGGAUUUCUACUCGUGGUGGAAGCUGGCCUAAUCGAUCAGGCUCAUCAUCGGGGAACAGCUCGCAGGGCACUUAAUGAGGUUCUCGAGCUAAAUACCGCCGUGGAGUCCACUCUUUCCUUCCUGAAAUCAACGGAUCGCUUGGACGAAACUCUGGUUAUAGUAACCGCCGAUCAUUCGCAUAGUCUGACCAUUAAUGGUCACGCGGAACGAGGAUCCAGUAUACUGGGAUUUGCCGGUAAAUCAAAGACAGAACAAACGCCGUACACCACGCUGACUUAUGGCACCAGCUAUCAAGGAUUUCAGGUGGAUCCCGACACCCAGAAGCGUAGGGAUCCGACGGGGGACAAUAUUUCCGAUUGGGAAUACACCCAGCAGGCAGCCAUAAAUACAGAUGAAAAUCUACACGGUGGAUCGGAUGUCACCAUUCACGCAGAUGGGGCCAUGUCAUACCUAUUCCACGGAGUCCAUGAACAGAGCUAUGUGGCACAUGCCAUAUCCUACGCCCUAAGGAUCGGGCGGUUCCGGGAUAGCUCCAUUGCCGAAACUCUGGCUGAGCUGACGCCAAUAUAGCCAACCAAAACUCCACUUAUACUCAGAAAUAUUCAGAAUUAUAUAUAGGAAAAUUAAUCUUGCCAAAAACUAGACCACUAAUGGAUAUGGCUGGAAGUCCAACAGGAUUUUAGAUUAAGCAAUGGUCUGCCAAAUGCGACCAGUCUUGAAUACCUGAUUAAAACAAAUAGCUGUUGAUGCUAAAGAAUUUUAAGUAAUGAAUUUGUUAAAUGAAUUGUUAUAACAUUUAUUUUGUUUACCUAACCUGAUAAAGUCUAUUAUCUUACUUGAUUAAAAGUUCUUCUAUUUUAUAAUUUUAGGCCAUAAAACCCGUAAGAGAGUUCAUUAUCUCAAUGGCCAACACUAAGAUUGCUUUAGAAGCUAACAGAGCGUGAUCUUGAAGGCUUGUGUUUUUGAAAAAUAAAUAUACAUGGUGGUUAUUAAA